CAUUGAAUUUCUUUGAAAUUGGGUGUUGUUUUUCUAAGAUUGAUUAAAGCUUGUAUUUAAAGUAAAUAAUUUUUAACUUCAUUCUUAAUAAUGACAUCUAAAUCAAAAACGGGGUUAUUUGCCUUAGGGUUUUACACAGUCGCCGCACUGUUUAUAAUAAUAGCAUUUGCCAGUCCAUAUUGGCUUGUAACGGAUGGUAAACUUAAAAAUCCGAAGUUUGUAAAAAUUGGUUUGUGGGAAGUAUGCUUCAACGGUUUUGAAGAGGUACACCAUUGGUAUGAUACAGUAUUUAAAGGAUGUUGGUGGAUAUUUGAAGAAGAGUAUUAUAUUAUACAUGACAUACUUUUGCCAGGCUUCUUCAUAGCCACACAAUUUUUCUUCACAAUUGCAACUUGCUGUGUACUUAUUUCAAUGUUUAUGACAUACAUGUAUAUGAAGAAAGACAAAGAUGAUGACAACUAUGUUACACUCUUAGUCACAUUGGGCACAGUUCUUGUAAUUGGAGGAUUUGCAGGAUUAAUAUCUGUGGUAACAUUUGGUGCUAGAGGAGAUGGACGAGACUGGAUGCCCAACUGGGAACAUAAUGACCUUGGCUGGGCAUUCGCCCUUGGUGUGAUUGGAAUUCUUUUUCUGUUCCCAGCGGGUAUACUCUUCCUCAUUGAAGCUCGUGUUCAGAAGUACAAAAAGCUCCAUAACAUGCAGAGCAGGGAACCAUCUUCUCACACCAUGCAUGAAAGAAAGAUUGGGUUCUCAGGUCAUACUGACAUAUAAAUUUAGAACAUUACAUAAAUAUUAUUUUUAAAUUAUCCCAUGGAAUCUAAUUUUAUUAAGAGUGAUAUGUGGAAAUUAUUCCGUCCAAUACUUUUGUAGCAUUAAUC